AUAUAUCUCCCCCAAAAAAGCCCUUGCAAAUGGCUCUUAGAUUGUGUGCUUCUUUCGCUAUCUGCAGUUUCGAGAAAAUGCAUCUUAGAAGCAGCAGCUACUUCCCAGUUGGAUCAGCAAGCCCAGUUCGAUAUGGUACGGUCUCCCCUAGAAUUUCCAGUCAACACAUUGUAAGAAGAUCAGCAAAUUACCAACCUUCCAUCUGGGACUAUGAUUACGUGCAAUCACUGAGGAGUGAAUUUCUGGGAGAAGUACACACAAAACGAAUCAACAAGCUCAAGGAAGAAGUGAGCAAGAUGGUUAUUAAUAGCCAAGAGAUGACGAAACCUAUAGAUCAAGUAGAGCUAAUUGAUACCUUGCAAAGACUUGGAUUAGGUUACCAUUUUCAAGACGAAAUAAAGACCACACUAGUUAGCAUUUUCCAUGGUAGUUCUGAGAUGGAGGAAGAUUUACAUGCCACUGCUCUUCAAUUUAGACUCUUAAGACAACAUGGUUUCCACGUACCUCAAGAGAUUUUCAAUCGUUUCAAGGACCAGCAAGGAAACUUCAAAGCGAGCUUGUGUGAGAAUCUUGAGGGAAUACUAUCUUUGUAUGAAGCAUCGUAUCUUUGUGAAGAAGGUGAGAGUGUCUUGGAGGAUGCAAGAAAAUUUUCAGCUGAACGUCUCAACGAGUAUGUUGAACAGAAUAAGGACUCCCACUCCUAUCUUUCUGUGUUAAUAAGCCAUGCCUUGGAGCUCCCAUUGCACUGGGGGGUGCCAAGGUUGGAAGCCAGAUGGUUCAUACAUGUCUACGAGAGAAAACAAGCCAUGAAUCCUCUUCUUCUAGAGCUUGCUAAAUUGGAUUUCAACCAUGUCCAAGCGCUGCACCAGCAAGAUCUCAAAUAUGUGUCAUGGUGGUGGAACAGUAUAAGACUCGGGAAAAAGUUGAGCUUUGCAAGAAACAGGUUAAUGCAAAACUUCUUAUGGACUCUUGGGAUUCAAUUCGAGCCUGAGUACGGAUAUGGCAGGAGAAUGUCCACAAAGGUCAAUUCUCUAAUAACAAUAAUUGAUGAUAUUUAUGAUGUCUAUGGUACACUGGACGAACUCCAGCACUUCACCGACGCUGUUGAAAGAUGGGAUGUGAAUGCAAUUGAGCCUCUUCCAGACUAUAUGAAGAUCACUUUCCUAGCCCUCUACAACUCCAUCAACGAAAUGGGUUUUGAUGCUCUGAGGGAACAAGGAUUUAACAUCAUUCCCCACCUCAAGAAAUCGUGGGCAGAAUUAUGUAAAUCUUAUCUGUUAGAGGCCAAAUGGUACUGCAGUGGAUAUAUGCCAACUUUGCAGGAGUACAUUGACAGAGCUUGGCUUUCCAUAUCAGCUCCGCUGAUACUUCUUCAUUAUUAUGUUUUUGUGGAAAAUCCUAUUACAGAUGAGGCAUUGGAAUGCUUAAACCAAUAUCCUGAUAUAAUUCGAUACUCAUCAAUCAUUUUGAGGCUUGCAAACGACCUUGGAACAUCCUCGGAUGAAUUAAAACGAGGAGAUAUUCCAAAAUCAAUUCAAUGUUACAUGAAGGGAACAGGAGCUUCAGAAGAAGAAGCCAGGAAGCACAUAAGAAACCUAAUUAGGGAAGCAUGGAUGAAGAUAAACGAAUAUAGAGUUGGUAAUGAUCAUCUCUCAGAAACUUUUGUUGGCAUAGCAGUCAACCUAGCCAGGAUGGCACAGUGCACCUACCAGCAUGGAGAUGGCCAUGCCGUUGAGGACUCCACCACCAAGGAUCGUAUGUUAUCAUUACUUGUUCACCCUAUUCCUUUGUAGGUCCUUUUUAAAAAAUUAAAAUAAAAAAUAAAAACUAAUAUCUUAAUUAAUUAGUUUCAGAUAAAUUGUUCAGUGGGCAGAUUUAUGGAAAUGUUAUCUUUUGGAGGCUAAAUGGUACUGAAGUGGAUGUAAGCCAACUUUGCAGGAGUACACUGACAGAGCUUGGCUUUCCAUAUCAGCUCCGCUGAUGCUUCUUCAUUAUUAUUAUUAUUAUUAUUAUUUGUGGAAAAUCCAAUUACAA